CCGAUUCCAUACCUUUAUUGUCUCUGCUCGGAGGUCUCUUCCUCUCCACCUUUCUCUCUCCUCAAAAACCCUAAUCUGCGUUCUUCGCAAUCAACCUUGGAUAUGGCUAACAGUAAUCUCCCUCGAAGAAUUAUCAAGGAAACUCAGCGUCUCCUUAGUGAGCCUGCACCGGGAAUCAGUGCUUCACCUUCGGAGGAUAAUAUGAGGUAUUUCAAUGUGAUGAUCCUGGGUCCAACGCAAUCGCCUUAUGAAGGAGGUGUUUUCAAGUUGGAGCUAUUUUUGCCUGAAGAAUAUCCUAUGGCUGCCCCCAAGGUUCGAUUUCUUACCAAGAUAUACCAUCCUAACAUUGAUAAGCUUGGAAGGAUAUGCCUGGAUAUCCUGAAAGAUAAGUGGAGUCCAGCUCUCCAGAUACGAACUGUACUUUUGAGCAUUCAAGCACUACUGAGUGCUCCAAAUCCGGAUGAUCCACUCUCUGAGAACAUUGCCAAGCACUGGAAAACAAAUGAGGCCGAAGCUGUUGAGACAGCAAAGGAAUGGACCCGUUUAUAUGCUAGUGGGGCGUAGUGAAUCGGAAGGAAGUUUGUCUUUUUAAAUAACAUUCUACGCAAUGUAAGCUAUUCACUGUUUAGUUUCUUAAUGUGGAAAUUCAAAGAAAAUGAGAUGUUUGAACAGUGGUUGACUUCCUUAAAGUUUCCCAUUGCUGCUUGUUUAUCAUAUUUUGAUCUCGGAAGCUUGGCCAUCAAACUGUGUAUGAUUAUAUAAUAUACAUUGUUUCUAAAU